AUGGCUCUCACCGACAUCCCCAAUGUACUAGCAAAGAUCGAGGCACGAGAGAAAGAUGUACCCUGGUACGAUCCAGAAAUUGGAAAGAAGCUGGGAGAAUCAGCACGAGAGUUACUGGAGAACUAUAGCAAGGUUCCAGCCGCCGAGGUCGAGGAUCAUGUGUACAAGAUUAGAGACGAAGCCUGGAAAGCCUUUCCCUACCCUUGUAUUGGCGGCUUUCGAUUUCUCGACUUAGCCAUCUCCCUCUCCCGCUCCUACCCCACCAUCCUCCAGCGCCUCAAGACCGGAAACGAGAACUUCCUCGACCUAGGCUGUUGUUUCGGUCAAGAAAUCCGGCGUCUAGUUUACGACGGCGCGCCCUCCUCUCAUCUCUACGGCGCCGACCUGCGCCCAGAGUUCUUCGCCCUAGGCUACAAACUCUUCCGUGACUCUUCCACCCUACAAUCCACCUUCAUCGCAGCAGACGUCUUCGACCCCUCGUCUCCAUUAAAGGAUCUAGAAGGCAGGAUUGAUAUCUUGUACGCUGGGAGUUUUCUGCAUCUGUUUGAUUAUGAGCAGCAAGUGAAGGUUUGUAAAAGAAUUAUAGAGACUUUGAGGGCGAGGAAGGGGAGUGUGGUGCUUGGGAGACAGGUGGGGAAUGUGAUUGCUGGGGAGAAGGUGCAUAGGACGAAUGAAGCGCAGAGUAUGUUUCGACAUAAUGAGGAGAGUUUUAGGAAGAUGUGGGUGGAGAUUGGGGAGGCGACAGGGUCGAAGUGGAGGGUUGAGGUUGAGAUGUUUGAAGUUGAGCGGAGAUCCAUAAAUGAGACUCAUGGGCCAGAUGGGAGAGCUAUUAAGUUUUCUGUUUGGAGAGAAUGA